GAAACAUUUACAUGUUGUAAGAUCAGCGUUAAACCACGCAUGAGUUUACGAUUUGACAUUUAAUUAUUUUAGACUGAACACGCGAUUAUAAAUAUGGCAAGAAAUAAAAGAGCUAAACAAUUGGCAAAAGAGAAAAAUCGAGUGAAGCGAACAAAAGAAGAAUGGGAGGCGAUGAAAAGAGAAAACCCAGAUUUGGGCCAAAAGAAAGGCUACCACCUGGCACCAAAGUCUAAUGAAAUGUUUGAGAGAUACUACAGGGGUAUUGGUAUCGUGCCUGAGGAGGAAUGGGAUGAUUUCCUGAAUACCAUGCGCCGCCCUUUACCAACAACAUUCAGAGUGACAGGUUCACGCAGACAAGCUGAAGAGCUGUUGAAGAUCAUUAAGGGUCAGUACUUCAGCAAGUUUUUUUCAACAGACGAUGAUCAGGAGAAGAUUGUACCAACACAGUUACCAUGGUAUCCUAAUGGCCUUGCCUGGCAACUGGACUUCACAAGGAAGGAGAUCAAGAAUGAUAGCGCCUUGAAGAGCCUGCAUGGUUUCCUUAUUUCAGAGACAGAAAGCGGCAACAUCAGUCGCCAGGAGGCAGUCAGCAUGCUGCCCCCUCUGUUGAUGGAUAUCAAGCCUCAUCAUAAGAUACUGGACAUGUGUGCUGCACCAGGAUCCAAGACGGCCCAGCUUAUAGAGGCCCUGCAUAGUGAUGAGAAUGUACCCACGCCUGAGGGUUUUGUGGUCGCUAAUGACGCAGACAACAAACGCUGUUACCUGAUGACACAUCAAGUGAAAAGGCUUCAGAGCCCCAACUGUAUGAUUGUCAACCAUGAUGCCAGGAUCCUACCCAACAUGUUCUACUCCAAAGAUAAUAAUGCAGAUGUGGUGAAGUACGACAGGAUCCUGUGUGAUGUCCCAUGCAGUGGGGAUGGAACCAUGAGGAAGAACCCAGAUAUCUGGUCAAAGUGGCACGUAAAUGGAGGAUAUAAUCUUCACAGCGUUCAGAAGAAGAUCCUGCAGCGAGGUCUGGAGCUGUUGGCUGUGGGUGGCCGCCUGGUGUACUCCACCUGCUCCCUCAACCCCAUGGAGGACGAGGCUGUCAUACUCACAAUACUCAACAUGUGUGGUGGAGCUGUAGAGCUGGUGGACGUCAGUGACAAGCUCACAGGACUCAAGUACAGUAAAGGCACCUAUUCAUGGAAGUGCAUGAACAAGACUGGAGAGUGGUAUGAGACGGAGGAAAUGGCCUCGAAGCAGUUCCGUAACCAGUGGGACACUACGAUCUACCCGCCCAUCAUCACUGUGGCACAGGAGGCCAAGCUAGAGAGAUGUAUCCGGGUGCUGCCCCAUCAGAACAACACUGGAGCAUUUUUUAUCGCUGUAUUGGAGAAGACAAGAGAUCUGCCGUGGACAUCAGGGAAAUCAAACAGAAACGCAGAUCCCAUCAUCAACCCCAGCGAGCGCCAGGAUCCCAGUGAGAAGAAGCAGUCCCAGUCCCAGCACUUUACCUUCGGUAUCCGGGGCAAGAACGGCAGCUACCACUUCGCCAAGUGCAAGCUGUGCGGGGUCAUGCUGCAGGGUCGUAACGACUUUAACAGCCACCAGGGCGGCCGCAAACAUAAACAGAGCCUGGAAGAUUAUGAGCAGACCAAGAAAACAGGACCAGUUGCAAGUACAGACCCAGCAGUUCCAGUUAAAAGUGAUACUGUUGCUAUGGAUACAGAACCAGCAAAGCCAACAGAACACGCCAGUAAGACUGAUACUUACUCAUCUGUAGCGGACCCAGAGAAGCCCACAAAUGACUGUGAACGAACCACAGGGGAAGACACAGUGGCUUCAGGUGUAACAGAGGUCACAGCUAGAAAGGUCAGAGAUGAACCAGAGGUCACAGAGGAAAGAGAGGUCACAGGUGAACCAGGGGUCACAGACACUGCAGUGGAGCCGAGUGGAAAAGACUCUCCACCUACAAAACGUCAGAAAAUGGAUAAGGGUGAAACUACAGAGGAGAAAAAGGAAACAGAGCAGAAGAAAGAAAUGGAGGAAAAGACAAAACCAGAGGAGAUAAGGGAGGCAACACAGCAAAGUGGGAUACCAGUGAUGGUCCACGGCCACAAGGAAGACCCCUUUAUCUUUUGCACCAAGGAUGACCCCAUAUGGCCACCUAUUAAAGAAUUCUACGGCAUUGGUGAGAGCAUGUGCGUUGAGCAGAUAAUGUACAGGAACAUGAAGCGCAUGCUGUACUAUGUGACAGAGCAGGUUAGAGACCUGGUGGUAGCCAACAAUGAGAGAGUCAAGUUCAUCAACAUGGGUGUGAAGUGUUUCUCCAGUGGACCGUCUCCCUUAGUAACAGAGUGUGACUACAGACUCUCUCAGGAGGGCCUGCACGUGAUUGAGAAGUAUGUGAGUGGCCGUCGUAUCUCAAUGACGAGGCAGGACGUGGUUACCAUCUUGAGCUGUGAGAACCCCUUCAUCUACAAGCUGAGCCCCUCUACACAGGACAGUGUGCACACCAUCGCCCCAGGCAGUGUCAUUUUCCAUUUCGUGCCAAGUGAAAGUGAUCCAGAGCCUUGUGUUGAGAUACUGUUCUGUGGGUGGCGAGGGAAGACGUCCGUCCGCUCGUUUGUCGACAAGGAUCAGAGACAGCACUACCUGAGGAUGUGCGGCGUGGAGCUCAGCGAUAUAAAAGCUCAAGUGAAAAUGAUGAAGGAAUGCAAGAACCUGCUGGAGGCUACACCCGGCUCUUCCCAGGUGUCCGGAACGGAGACACCAGUGGGGCCUGCAUCGGGAGAUGAGGCUGAAGUGGAGAAGUGGAAUGAGGAGGCAGAGGCCCCUCGCGACCCGGAGGCGGAUGAGGUGGAGGAGGAAAUUAAUGGAGAUCUUGCUGUUGAGUCUGAAAUGUUGAAUACAGAUAAUGACAAGGCUAAUGAUAAUAAUGAGGCAGGCAUUGAUAAUGAAGAAAAUAUGGAAGAUGAUGUUGCUGAAAGUGCAGAAUAGCAGUAUACGGAUUAUGUUUUCUGGGCUCAGCAUGCUCUACUGGUAGAGGGCUUUAUUGUUUAUACAAGAAGCAGUCAACAAAUAUCAGCCUGGCAGCAUAACUCGUGGGGGGGAUCAGUCGUACUAUUAUCCGUAUUGCCAUUUGCCCCUUCUACCCCCCUUCCUGUGAUUCAAAAAGGGCAAUCGUCAGUUACCGUCAGUGUGUGCAGUUAGUACUGGUAAACUGCCAAGAUCGAAGAACCUGUUCCAGGUAGUGGGCAUAGGUGAACUGACUUCUAUAAUAUUACUGUUAUGCUGUUAAAACAGCCAAAAAUCCUAUCAAAACAAAAAAAAAUAUUCGUAACUUUUUAUUCAGUUUAUUUUAAAUUGGUGCUUCUUGUUUGCAUCUUAUUUGUUUUUUACUUUAUUGUCAAUUUGAGCACAUUUAUGUUAUAGAGAUAUUGUUUGUUUUUGUUUUUUAAGAUAAAAUUAAAUUGAUUUGUUUCUUUAUUGGUAAUGGAAUAUGGUAAAUAAAGAGCCAGCAAAAUGGUCAAGUGUAUGUUCGUGCAUGCUUUAAUUUAGCCUAUGUUGUCCAGACUGUAACUUUGAAUAUUCAAAAUAACUUGCCCCAAUUAUCCACCAUGAUAUCCCGGAGUGUUGCUAGUUACACAGAUCUCCUCUCCUCAAAUGACAAAGGUCACUCAUAAGAGGUCAAAGGUAAAGAUAAAUGUUGCCUUAUUAUAUCUGAUGCAUUUUAAAAGAAACUUGCCAGUUGUAUUUACCAUGUGGAGAUAGCGUGGAAGACCUUUGUCAUUUGCCGCAAAGGUCAAGGUCACACUCAAGUGGUUUAAGGUCAACUUUGAGCAUUAUACAGUGUUUCAAGACAGCAACUUACUUGUUCACCAUGAACUUAUCAGAAAUGUGCAGAUGGUUUGUCCACUUUAUGUAAGGGUGUAUUACUCAAAGGUCAAUGUGACCUGUAAAGGUCAAAUGUCCUAUGUUGGCAAAAUACUGUUUUUAUGGACAGCAAUUUUAUCGUUCCUCAUGUAAUUUUGAAAUAAUUUACCUCAAUGUGAUUCCAUGUUGAGAAGGCGUGUAACUUGCAUGGCCAGUGCCCCAUGCACAAAGAUCAAGGUCACAUUUAGAUUUAAAAGUUCAAACACCUUUGUUGUGCUGCUUAGUGAAUAAUUACAUGUAUUCUUGACAAUAAGCAUUACAUGUUGCAAACAGGCAUCUAGUUUGGUUAUUUUUAGCUCGGUGUUUUCGGAGAAAACCUGAGGUAUUGUCAUAGCCAGCUCGUCGUGUCGUCCGACAUCCGCCGUCCGCGUCAUGCUAAAACCUUAACAUUUUGUUAAGGUUUUUAACAUUGGCUCUCAAAUCAAAUUGCUUCCACCUACAACUUUGAAACUUCAUAUGUAGAUGCGCCUUGAUGAGUUUUACACGCCACACCAAUUUUUGGGUCACUAGGUCAAGGUCACUGUGACCUAAAAAAAUAAUUCUGACAAGCUUUUAUUCCCAUAGCCGAGCGUGGCACCUGUAAUGCGAUGCUCAUGUCAUUAAUAUGUUAUAUAGUACAGUUCAAUAAUGUUUUUAUAUACCUGAUACCUACUUUGGACAUUGCUGGUAUGGUAUUGAAUGGUUUUAAUAAAUGCCAGCCUGAAUCACAUACUAUAUUUAUCUUUUGUGUGGCAUUCUAAUGACAUAAUUUAAUAACACAGUCAUUUUGUACUUGCGCAUUAUAUACUAAGCAUAGGGUUCAUUGACUUCAAGUGCCAACAUUUAAUUUUUUUUUUCAAUCGUUUCAGGAAUGAACUUACAAAAUUGGUUGGUUUGGACUUGCAAACUUCAGAAUAUUUUUUAGGUAUUAUGUUUAAUGUCUUUCUCUAUUGGAACAUUGUGGAUCACAUAACAUAUCUGAAUUGAACAUUUACCUUUUUAUAUUUUCGACUGUUAUAAUAUUGACAAAUGUUGUGUGUGUUUUUCAUUAUUUUGUUUGUUCAAUAAAUGAACGAUAUUUGA